AGUUGGUGUGUGUUUUACGUAGAUAUCGUUCGAAACGAUUGUUUUCUGUUAUUUUUAUGUCAAUUUAUCUUGAUUUUUCAAUGAAUAAUGCUAUGUAUAAGUUGGUGUAUACCUAAUCGAAAAAGCCUUAAGCAUGUUCUAGGAAAUUUGAAUAAAUUAGAUGAAAAUGAGAGAAGAUUUUACUUUGUUUUGAAAUUUCAUACAGAUUUCGGUGAAAUUUUUAGACUACUUUAAUUUCAUAUUUUAAACUUUACCUUGACCACAGACUCAUUUAAAGAGGAGGAUAGCGAUAGAACUUUUCGAAUAACUAACGACGCAUUAAAUUCAUUGCACUCGUUAACGACUGUCUUUCAUCCGCUUCCAAUCACCGAUUUGAAAAACUGGCAAUUACAGACAUUUGGAAUGUGGAGAUCCCCAAUUCAGUUACAUAGAGUAAAUUAUAAACGACGACGAGUAAUCUAUUUACAACCUCUUGGAGAAUUUCCGGACUUUAUUCAUAAUUUUUCAUUUGAAAAUAUUAAAGGAUUUUUUCAAGUUCUUCAGAAAUAUUUAUCGGUAUUUUUUUACGGAUUCGACGUUCAAAUACUCCCUCAACGACCAUAUGGUGAUUAUAAAACAAGAGUUCAUCAGAAAACUGAAAAGGAACAAAUAUUAGUUGGUCCUGUCCUAUCUCACUUGGGCAGCUUAUUACCUUCGGAUGGUGCAACCAUAAUAGGUGCUUCUUGGAUCGAUUUAUAUCCUUCAGAGAACUUAAAUUUUCUACUGGGUCAGGGAAGUUUAGCAACUAGAUCAGCUGUCUUUUGUUUUGGUCGAUUUGAACCAAGGCUUGAUAGUUGGAGCGAUAUAACCAAAAUAGAUGCUGAAUUAAUGUGGAAGAUUAUAAAAGUAGUCUUACAUGAAACUUGUCAUACUUUUGGUUUGUUACACUGCAAAUACUACGCAUGCCUGAUGAAUGAGAGCAGCUCUAUAGAAGAAGCCUGCUCUCAACCUCAGUUACUAUGUCCAGUCUGUCUGCGAAAAGUACAGUAUGUUGUUAAAUUUGGCUUGAAAGAGCGUUACGAAGCCCAAGAAAAGUUCUUGACUAUCCUAUGUCAAGCGUUUGAAACAGAAGCUUGGCAGAAAACUCUUGCAAAUAUUCGUACUUGUAUUUUGCAUUUGUAA